AUGAGACUGUGUAACCAUAGUCAUAACGAAGGACUAAAGAUCUCACCAAAAUCUUCAAAAGGAACUAAAACUAUCGAACCAGCAGGAUUUACAUUCUUCCUUCUCAAAGAAUGGAAGCUCAAUAUUAACGCAAAACAAAUAUUUGAGGUGGAUAAUAGUACGAAGAAGGAGGAUUUUGAAUUUUUAGAUUUGAAUUUGGAGCCAGUGAGAGCAUUUUCUGACUUUUGCCAAAAGUAUGAAACUUCCUCAUUUUCUUACUUUUACAAGUUAAUUUGGACUCGUAUAAUCCUAUCAGACUUCCCGUCAUCAGAGUCAGAGUCAGGGGAUGAGGAAGUCAGUAGGAAGCGUGACAAGAAGUUUAAGAGUAUAAAGACUUUGGGGUUUGUUCGGAACUUUAUCGCAAAGGAGAAAAACGCAUACGAACUACUGAACUGUACAGACUCGGAUGAAACAGCUAAAAUCAAAGCCAACUACAGACGUCUAGUACUUCUCCUACACCCGGACAAGGGUGUAGUUCAGAAAAUACCAGACGACUUGAAAGAAUAUAGUGACAAGUACAAAGUCUCCAACAUCUCAAAAGAAGAAAAAUCCGAACUCUUUCUACUCCUUCAAGACGCUUUCACUAUUCUUAGUGAUCCUGAUAUGAGACUUGAAUAUGAUUCGAAUUUACCAUUUGAUGAAUAUAUUCCAACACAUGAAGAAGCUAAAAGAAAGGAUUUUUUUCUACUAUUUGGACCAGUUUUUCAAAUGAAUUCAAGAUGGUCAAGAGUUAAACCAGUUCCAUUAUUGGGUACUAAUGAAAGUGAUGAUGAUUAUGUUGAGGAGUUUUAUGAAUUUUGGCGUUGUUUUGAGACACUUCGAACAUUUAGUCAUGCCGCUCCACAUUUACUUGAAGAUGCUGAGAGUAGAGAAGAAAAACGUUGGAUGGAACGAGAAAAUUUAAAAGUUCAAAAAAAACUCAUUAAAAAAGAACAAUUAAGAAUACAAAAACUUAUUGAUAUAACACAACAAUAUGAUCCUAGAUUAAAGAGAAGACAAGAUCGAAUAAGAAAUGAGAAAUUAAUAAAACAGAAACAAGCACAAGAAGCUAAAUUACUUGAAUUGAAAAGAAUUGAACUUGAAAAAGAACAACAACGUUUAGAACUUGAAAAACUUACCGAAAAAAUCAAAUUCCAAAAACAAAUCACCAAAAAAUUAAGACAGCAUAUGAGAAUGAUAUAUCAGAAAUGUAUAAGUUUGGGUGAGAUUGGAAGUACAUUGGAGAAGUUAGUAACUCUUGACUAUGAUGAAAUGAAAAAAUUCUCUACUCAAUUGUAUGAUAUUCUAAAACUUGAAUUUGACUUUGAAAGAUGCCCGGAUAAUGAAUAUCUGGAGGACCUAAAGUUAUUAGACCCUAAACUUAAAGAAUUGGCCUUAAGUAACAAUGAAGAAAUUGAACUUUCACAACUAUUCCAACAAAUUUCACUCAAAAUCAAUCCAAACCAAUCAUACAAUAAUACCACAACAGUAGAGCCUACUGUAACUAGUACUGUAGGACAGUCUACGGGGAGUAAAUCUGAUAAUAUGGGUGAAUGGACAAAGGAGGAUUUGAAGAGAUUAUCAAAAGGAGUUGAGAUAAAUCCAGCUGGAACACCAGGACGUUGGAAUCUGAUUGCAAAGUAUGUCAAGACCAAAACAGCACCUCAAUGUAUUGAAAUGUCAAAACUCAUCGCAAACAAUUCUGAUAUCACACCAUAUCUUUACAACAGUAGUAAUACUAAUGAUGGUAAUACAGACAGUGGUAAUACUAACGGUAGUAAUGUCAAUGGUAAAUGUGUUGCCAGUACUAGUGAUACUGGUGUUAAUAAUGGAGUAAACAUGAGUGGUUGGAGUGAAUCACAACAAACUGUAAGUUAUAGGACUAAUGACUUCAUGAUUAGGCGUUUGAAGCUGCACUUAAGAAAUAUCCCUCGCAUAUCGACCCUGUAG